UUUAGUUAAAAAUUAAACAUAAUUCCAUUUAUUUUUGUUCAUUUUUAAAUUAAAGAACUAUUUGUUAUAUUUUAUUUGAAUAGUGUAUGAUUUAUUACUGUGGUGAAAAUUUAGUAAUACAAUGUGAAAUGGACCUUUAUCUAAUAUAUUUGUGAUUUUAUUUUAGUUCGUCAAUUUCCAUUAUAAUUUAGAUAUUAUGACCCAUCUUUUAAAGAACGUUUGGCGCAAUGUACGGAGAGGGAGCCAACUUAGUAAUUCUUCACUAAGAACAGCGAACUUUUCAAAUGUUACAGAGUUGGUAAGAAAUAAACCUCCUGAUGUCAUCAUGUCAAGUAUAAAAACGGCUCCGAGUUCAUCUGAUGUACUCGCAAUGGUCCAAGCUAAUCUACAGCACAUGACACAUAGACACAUGCUGCAAGCUCUCCGAACUUUAUUUGAACUGCAGAAAGGUAGCAAGUAUGGUGAGGGUGCAGAUGUUAUAAUUAAAGAUCCAACAUUUAAUGUUCUCUGUCAAAACUUUAAAAAGCACGCGCGUGCCUUAGAAGUUGGCGAAGCAAUUGAAGCAACCAAAGUCCUCUCGUAUCUCAAAGUGCCCGUCGACUCCCUGAUAGUACAAACUAUGUUGCAAAUAAUAAGAUGUAAUAUUAACUUAUUAAAUACACAACAGAUAAUGUUCCUAGACUUUCUUCUGACACAAUUUCAUAGCAAUAAUCAUUUGGUGGACGCUCUCAAACUGGCUCUACCCUUAGCAUUCCAAAUCCACCUUCCAUUGGAGCUGGACAAUAAGGACUUGCCUCUUUUAAGGGAUAUGCUUGUAUAUUCCUGUUCUCACGAUCUCCCCGAUCGCUGCAUCAAUAACGUAGUCACUGGUCUUCUGUUGAAUGAUCAAGCGAUCAACGCGCACACCGCGAAGUCUAUCAUAUGGGCACUUUGUCUAGUAAACUGUACGGAGGAAAAAUUCCCAACCAGAGUCCAAUUGUUGCACAUUUGCUGCGACAUAUUAACGCAGUCCAUAGACAGGCUGUCUUACGAUGAAGUUUUAAGGACGGCUGCUAAAUUAAAAGGAAGGAUAUUAGAGAAACAUCCGGAGUAUUAUCACCAGCAGUUAAUAGAUGCCAUAGCGGACUACGUGGUGAAGAAUCAUAUAGAAUUUGAAAAAGGAUUGUUGGUGGCGAGGGUUUUAUCUAGAAUCGCACACACCCACCUCGGUCUGGUCGAGUACCUCUGCAAUAAGGCCGUGUCCGAGCCUGAAACGUUAUCGAACGCUCGCACCAACAUACUAUUCGGCUUCAUCAACUGUUUGUCCAAUAAUAACUAUACUCCAGAACUUGAACAGUGGAAUCAGCUUAGAAGACAGAUAUCACAGAAUCCGAUCCUCAGCUGCACAAAUGCAUCAUUACCUUGGACUAAAGUGUGUCUCGAACUCGCGUCAUUGGGACAUUACGAAGACAGAGUUAUAAAAAGAGUAUUUUCAAAGGACUUCCUGGAGGAGUUCUUAUCGAGAGAGAACAAUGUUUUGGACUAUCUCCAACUGUUGACAUUGAACGAGGCCGUCCGAACUUUCCAUAGCGAUGAAUAUAAGUUGCCCGAAGAAGUUUUACAGAAAGCAAAGGAUAUGUAUCCAGUUCACACGUUACCAAGUCCGCUAGUGGAACAUUUAGCUCGAGGCUUGGGUGGUCCGAAGUAUGUGGCCAAGAAUGUUACAUUGCCCAAUGGAAUUGUAGCAGAUAUGAUAGUAUGUAUUAAAGGUGGAUAUCCAGUGGAACUUCAAACCGUUAGCAGUAAAAUAAAAGUACCGAUAGAAGAACUAAAUAUACCGCAAGGAUCAAUUGUAGUGUGUAUAAUGAAUUUCAAGCAAGGUUGCUUCUCAAUGAAUAGCAACCGUCUCCGUGGAUCAUUCCGUCUGAUCGUUGACCUGCUAGAGAAGCAAGGGUACGCUACGGUUGCGUUCAAUGUCAACGAGUGGCUCAGGACGCCUGUGCAUGAACGAACACCCUACCUCAUACGCGAGAUCGGAUACAAAUGUGGAGAAAUAGGACUCAAAUUGAGAGUGACUUAACAGUGAUAUAGAUAUUAGUUAAUAAAAUUAUACAGAAUUGUUUUAGUUAAUAAAUGCUGGUCAACUUGUUGAUUUUUU